UCACGCCAGCCAGCUCUGUGCAGAAACACCUCACCCAACCAACCCAUCUAGCAACACGGUCACCUCACUCCCAAUAUGCCCAAAGCAUUGGUCAUCGAAAAGGUCGAGGGCAAGCCCGGCAAAGUAUACUACCCUCUCAAGAUCAUUGACCAGCCCGAACCUCAACCCAAGGACAACGAAGUGGUCGUCAAAAUCACCUCGGCCGCACUCAACCACCGCGACCUCUUCAUCCGCCAAGGACUCUACGGCGCCAUCGGAUUUGGCGUCCCUCUCCUCGCAGACGGAUGCGGCAUCGUCAUUGCAACAGGAAAUUCUCCCCAGGCGAAAAAUUGGCAAGGAAAACGAGUCAUUCUCAACCCAGGACAUGGCUGGGAAUCUGAUCCCGAAGGGCCCGAGUCUUCCACCGGCUACGCCAUUCUCGGAGGCACGACGUUGAACCCUCUCGGCACAGCCGUCGAAAAACUCGUCGUGGACGCUCGCGAAGUAGAAGAAGCUCCCGAACAUUUAUCCAGCAAUGAAGCGGCCGCAUUACCCCUCGCAGGUCUCACCGCGUGGAGAGCAGUGAUGAGCAAAAGCGGCAGCCAAAUCCAACCGGGAAGAAAUAUCCUCAUCACGGGAAUCGGAGGCGGAGUCGCUGUCAUGGCGCUCUUGUUCGCUGUUGCUGCAGGCGCAAACGUCUACGUGAGUUCGGGGAGUGCGGAGAAGAUUUCCCUGGCGACGAAGAAAUUGGGCGCGAAAGGCGGAGUGAAUUAUCAUGAAAAGGAUUGGGAUGCGAAAUUGAAGGCCAUGUUGCCUUUGUCGAGACCGAAAUUGGAUGCGAUUAUUGAUGGGGCUGGAGGUGAUGUGGUGCAGCGUGGUGUCAAAUUAUUACGGGACGGCGGCAUCAUCUCCCAAUACGGAAUGACGACCUCCCCCAAACUCACCUGGAGCAUGCCCGCGGUCCUCAAAAAUCUCGAACUCCGCGGCUCCACGAUGGGAUCUCGACGAGAAUUCUCCGACAUGGUCAGAUUUGUGGCGGCGAAAAAUUUGCGCCCACUGGUGUCGCGGGCGGUUUCUUGCUGUGAUGGAAUGCAGAAUUUGGAGGGCAUUGAGGGCUUGUUUGAGGAUAUGAAGAGUGGGAAACAGUUGGGGAAAUUGGUGGUGGAGAUUUCCAAGGAGGGGGAGGGUGAUAAGGGGAACUUGAGUAAGUUGUAGAUGGGUGGGUAGGUAGUUGGGUAUGUACAUUACCUACCUACGGUAAGGUAGAGAAAGGUCAGGUGUGAUACCUUAGGGUUUUGGUAAUAUAAGGUAUGACUUUGAAAAUGGACUAUGAUCGGUGGUGAAGCUGCUAGCAACCUUCAGGUACCUACCUCCU